GGUUCAAAUCACUUCAUCAAGACGCGAUAAACCGCGCUAGGUAGGUAUCACAAUUCAAAUAUUCAUCAGCAGUCGAAACGUUAGGCUAGCUGAAUUCAUAAGAUAGAAGGAACGACCAUCUUCAUUUCACCACGAUCGAGGACAAUGGCUCAAUCGUUACCUCCGGAACUAUGGUCACAUAUCUUUGGUCUGGCCGCGGAUGAGGAUACGAUAUUCUAUCCUGGCCUUCCAACAUCCAUGACCCAGUCUUCUUGGGCACGUUCUCUGGUUACGGAUUGGCAACUAAGGACGCCUCGGGACUUGAUCAACAUGGUCCAGCGCAGGAGCUAUGCUACCAAGAAGUCGAUUAUAUCAACGUGCCGAUCAUGGCGUUGUCUCGGCCUCGAGUUCCUCGUCCGCUAUUUAUUCUUCAAUGACCCUUCGAAGCUCCGCUCUCUUACUGUCCUUCUCACUUCCAAUCCCUCGCUAGGAUGGUGGACACGCCGUUUACAUAUUACUCACUUUCUCUACGAGCGCGGUCCCUCCCUCGACGAUUUCGAAGCCGCCCUCACAACUGUACUCACCCAGACUCCCAACCUAGAGAUUUUCAUUGUCGAUUGGCCUCUAUCAAGGGCAUUUGGUUCCAUUGCAGACACGCUGGGUACGCAUUGCAAGAACUUGCGCACUGCUCAUUGGCACGUCCCUGCCGAACUCCUUCCAAAGGUCAUCUGGGCAUUAGAUGCCCUCCCACUCCUAGUUUCACUUGCCGUCGAGUUCGAUGCACCACUCAAGGAUUGUGACAUGCUCACCUUGGGAAGUGCACAAGAUGUUAAGCUCCACCUCCCGAAUCUUCAGCAGCUCAUCUUGCGUGGUUACUCUGCCGAAUUCAUUGAACAAGCCAGCGGUUGGAGCCUCCCUCUUCUACGCAGCUUUUCCUUUGAUUUUGGCAACAAGCGUGAAGACGUUCCCGAUGUCCUACCCUUCCUCGGUACCCAUGGUACCAGCCUGCUCUUCCUUGACCUCGACUGCAUCCCAGCACUUGAUAUCCGCACAAUACUAGACCUAUGCCCUCUCCUCACCGCUUUCUCUUUCAAUCUUGACUGGAAGAUACCACCUAUCGCACAGAAUGCUGACACAGGAGAUGGAUCAGUCGUUCUCACUAAUCGUCCACACGAGCACAUCGCACACAUUGGGCUCCAUGGGUUGCUUUUUGCGUUCGGAGUGGGCCUUGCUAGCGCUUAUGCCACCCCUGACCCUCUUAGCGCUCUCCUUGUGCAGCGUACGAAUGACAAGAAUUUUGCAGCGCUCACUAAAGCGAGUUUCCCUCGACUCGAACGAGUGCGCGUGUUGAGUCCGACAGUGCUCACGGACCUAGAGCGUGCGGACGGGCCGCAAGGGGGUGGGAUGGAGCGCUGGGAGAGGUGGGCAGGAAUGUGCGAAAGAAAGAGUAUCCGUCUGGAGGACUGCACAGGUGCACUAUUGGGUACAUUACCUCAAGAAGAGGAUGAGGACGAGGAUGAGGUUGAGGAAGAUGAAUUUCUGGAAGAGAAUGAGUACUCUUAUACGGACGAUGAGGAGCCGGCCAGACCGGGUGGAGUGGGUUUAUCAGAACUGAGGGCACUGCUGGAAGAAUGUAGGAGGAUGAGCGAAGAACGUGAAGACCCGCCAUUUGCAUUGACGUAUCGAUGACUUUGGGACAUCGGUGUUUUGUUCUUACUUUAUACCUAUUCCCACUGGACAUGUGUAAGAUCGCUGUUCAUAUAGCUUAUUCCAAU